GGUUUUCCGUUUCCCAAAGCGGCUUCCGCUUCCGGGCUAGCCUUUGCCGGAAGGAGUAUUUGGAUGACGCAAAAGUGUCGCGCCGUUGGUGAUUCCGGAAGACACAGGAGUACGGCGUGAACAUGGGGAAGCAAAAGAAAGCAAGAAAAUAUGCGACCAUGAAGCGAAUGCUUAGUCUCCGAGAUCAGAGGCUUAAAGAAAAGGAUAGAUUAAAACCUAAAAAGAAAGAAAAGAAAGAUCCCAGUGCACUCAAGGAAAGAGAAGUCCCCCAACAUCCUUCCUGCUUAUUCUUCCAAUAUAACACACAGCUGGGCCCACCUUACCACAUCCUGGUUGAUACCAACUUUAUCAACUUUUCCAUUAAAGCCAAACUUGACUUAGUACAGUCAAUGAUGGACUGUCUAUAUGCCAAGUGUAUCCCUUGUAUAACUGACUGUGUAAUGGCUGAAAUUGAGAAACUGGGGCAAAAGUAUCGAGUGGCUCUAAGGAUUGCCAAGGAUCCAAGAUUUGAACGAUUACCAUGCACACACAAAGGAACCUAUGCAGAUGACUGCUUAGUACAGAGAGUAACUCAGCACAAGUGUUACAUUGUGGCCACAGUUGACCGGGACCUUAAACGAAGGAUCCGGAAGAUCCCUGGAGUUCCCAUCAUGUACAUUUCUAACCAUAGGUACAACAUCGAGCGGAUGCCAGAUGAUUAUGGAGCCCCUCGGUUCUAAUUCUUAAAAGAUAGAGUUCCUCUGCCUUCCUUUACCAACUUUUUCUGUUGCCAGUUCAUAUUAGCAGUACGCUAUAGCAUGAAUUAUUCUUCUUGCCCAUUUGCUCUGUUAUGAGCUGACUAUGCUAAAUACAGUCAUUUUUGAAUUUUGAUAAUUUUUGAAAUUGAUAUUUUGUAUCAUUUUAAAUAUUGUUGCAUCUUUUUAUAAAUCAGGUGAUUGCUCAUAUAA